ACAGGGCAGAGGACUCCAGGAAGCAACAGAAGUCGUACCCUCCACUUUGCAUUCAGACAUAAGGACAGAUACUGAGAAUGACACCUGGCAUACAGGACCAGAGAAGUGAUAAUGUGCAGAGUCCAUCCAUACAGAAUAAGGACAGAUACCAAGAUGACACCCGGCAUACAGGACAGGAGAAGUGAUACUGUGCAGAGUCCAUCCAGGACAGGAGAAGUGGGACUGUGCAGAGUCCAUCCAGGACAGGAGAAGUGGGACUGUGCAGAGUCCAUCCAGGACAGGAGAAGUGAUACUGUGCAGAGUCCAUUCAGGACAGGAGAAGUGGGACUGUGCAGAGUCCAUCCAGGACAGGAGAAGUGGGACUGUGCAGAGUCCAUUCAGGACAGGAGAAGUGGGACUGUGCAGAGUUCAUACAGGACAGGAGAAGUGUGACUGUGCAGAGUCCAUCCAGGACAGGAGAAGUGGGACUGUGCAGAGUUCAUACAGGACAGGAGAAGUGGGACUGUGCAGAGUCCAUUCAGGACAGGAGAAGUGGGGGACUGUGCAGAGUCCAUACAUACAGAAUAAGGACAGAUACUGAGAAUGACACCCAUGAGAUG